AUAACGAUUGUAUUACUGUUGUCAAUGUGUUCAGCGUGUCUCAUCAUACUCAAUUGCCAAGACCCAGAUUUCCUUUACGAACGCUUUAUCUUAAACCAAGCAGAAAUGAAUCAUUAAAUAUUUUGUUAGAUAGGAAAGUACACACACUAGUACCGUCUCGUCCUCUUCUAUUUUUUUUCUUGUCAAAAAUGGUGUUGAUCCGCUGCUGGAGUGAAAUCCGUUGGCAAUGGAUGGCGGGGCCUGGGUCGUCUGUUCCAUGCUGGGAGAAGGUUUGAAGGAAUGAAGUUACAACAGGAUAGGAAAGCAAGCAAGAACGAAGUGACAUAGAGGCGGGGGAGAGACUGUGUGCGAACAAGGGUAACAGACAUCGAACAAGCAGAAGAAAAAACAAAUUCAUGAAAUUCUCAUGGAGCGGUAGAGGCAGCCAAAUCUGAACGAACGGGAUCGCUCAAUCGAUAGAUGGAAACGUCCUUGUCAAAGGCCACAUGACCCAUAUCCUGUGGAGUAAUAAAAAUAAACUGCUUUUCAGAAGAAUCUUUUGCUGAGUCGACCAUCAUUUUUAUACUAACGAGUCGAUUAACGGCGUCCAUGAAGACAUCAAACUCAUCCAAGCAGCGGAUAGGACAACUCAUAGCCUCCCAGAUGGAAAGCAACAUACACACCGUUGCAAAAGAUUUCUCGCCGCCGGAUAAGCCUUGAACGGUAUUUUGUGAACGCGAUGACUGGGACUGGAAACCAAUGUUGCGGUUGGCUGGAUAUACACGCGGUUCAAGGAACUCGUCCUGAUGACGAAUGACCAGUUUUCCCGUGAAAUUACGUUGAUUCAGAUAUAAUUCAAAGAGUUCUUUUGUGCGCAACGUGAUAAGUUUACGAAACUUGGUCCAGCGCUCAACACGUUUCCGCAAUGUUUCCUGCAAAAUCUCGAGUAACUUUUCCAAGCGGUCAAGUAAAAUCUUAGCACGAUCGUGUUCUUCCUUUGCUGCCAAGUACUCCUCGGCGGCUUUCUCGAUGGAAAUACCCGUUUGUCCUCUCCAUUCUUGAAUUUGAAGUUCUAAUCGUUCAAUUUCCACAUCAAGUUCUUCUGGAGUGUGUUCCACCGGAACACGUUCACAUCGACUAGAUGCUUUUGCGGUGAAGUCUCGAACAAUUUGAGCCCGAGUUUCACGAGAGUACUUUUUCUCAUUCAAUGUGUCAAUGCAAUUCUGUACUCGAUUUUGAUAGUGUUCCAAGUCAACGUCAUACUUCGUUUUGGAGUCGAGUAAAGCAUUCAGCUCUUGCUGCGCUUCACCCAACUUUUGACUUAAACGUUUAAUCUCCUCCUUGACGGAGUUUAGUUUCUCAACCACUGGCGCUUGUUUUUCCCGUAGACGAGAUGCCGCAUUUUCAGCAUCGUUUAAUUGACCCUGAUAACUUUCAAGCUCAGUCUCUGUAUCGCGAAUUCGCUUUUCCAAGUUUUCAAUUUUACUCGUGUCCAUAGAUGCAAUUUCCAUAGCUUCUAACGAAUUUAGCUUACGCCGUUUAGACAAAACGGUUUGUUUUAGUUCACUGACUUUUUCAGUAAUGAUCGCCUCUUCACGGUAAGCCCGAGAGUAGUCAAUCUUCGCAUCCUCCCAACUUUUAACAGCUUGAUCGAGCUCUGCUUUAAAGGCGGCCAGCGUCUCUUUUUCUUGCUCUAUGUUCAUGGUCACCGAGUUACCAAUCCGAGGAGGGCGAUUCCAAGGUGAAACCUUAGAGAUACCAGAAGAUCGUUGAUUACUAACGAUUCGAAAACCAUAGCCUUUGCUUCUGGGAUCAAUGGCGUAGCACUGUGUUACGUUCGCCGGACCACUCUUCAUAAAUUGUUCUGCCUCGCGUCGGUCCUCAAUUAAUAGCAUUUUUUCAAUACCCAAAUGAUUGAUGAGGGUAUGCAACACCUCAUCAUCCGAGAAGUCAAUCAUUCGCAAAACAGUUGGAUACUUCUGCGUUGGUUCACCUGCGGAAUAGUCAAAUGGAUCGUACUUGCCAACAACGAUAGUGGCACGACAAUUAGCUUGGCGCAUUAAAGACUUAAGCAAAGCUUGAUCAUGAUGGUCACGAACAAUGAAACCAUUGAUUACAUUGCCAAAGAUGCGCUCCAAAAUUAAAUGCCAUUUAUCAUCUUUCACAUUCAUGUAACGACCCAUUGGACCUUUUGGCUUACUGAUAAAACGUGUUUCCCGAUUAAUCAAGUACAGCAACCGAGACAUGUUUUGGCCAAAUGCACUAAUUCUGUCGGACCGAACAUCUUCUAUGAUACGCAGUUUUCCUGCUUGAUCUGAGCAUUUUGAAGUUGCAAGUUCCUUUGCCUUUUCACGUUCCUCGAGAACAUUCUUUAGAUCCUGCACUUGUUGAUGAAGUUCGUUUUUGCGAGUUUCUUGCUCAACAAUUAGUUCACCUAGGUUGGCAAUCUCUUUUUGCAGAGCCGAAGUUUCAGUAGCUCGUUGGUCAUGUUGGCCAUCACCGCUUUCCUUGUCGCGGUUGUGUUCUACGGCAAGUUGUUGACGGUAAGCAUCCGUACAUUGUUUUGUCGCCGUGAUACUAUUUUGAAUAUCUUUUUUCUGAACUUCAAUAACAUUCAAUUCCGAGCGGUGUGAUUCAAAUUCUUGGGCGAACUCCUCAAAUUUUCGCCGAAGUUUUGUUUUCUCCUCAUUGAGCUCCUCGAUUUUCUGCUUCUUUUCUGUGAUUUUUUCUUCAACCGAGUUGUUGCUUGAAGCAUAAUCUCUUAAGUUAUUCUCCGCGCGUGCUAGGUUGGCUUCAGCGACUUGAACAUCCUUUUCAGCAGCGAGUAGCUCUUUUUCAACCUCAAUGACUUGAGCCCAAGCCAUCUCUGCUUUUUUCUGUUCCACAAGUAGAUGCAUAUUCUCGGCUUUGCGAGUUUUUUCCCAUUGAAACCGACAGCGCUCUUCAGUUUUCGAGAGGUUAUGGAGCGCAUCUUUCUUGUUCAGCAGAAGAUUCUGAGUACUACUGAUGCUGUCCUCGAUUAAUGUAUAGUUUUUCUCUAGUUGUUCUAAUUGAAUGCCUUUCAUGAACAGCCGAUACUUUUCCUUUGGACUUGAGUUUCCAAGGAAUUGUCGAGCAGUGUCCUGUGUCAAGAUGUUCAUGGGAUUGUCAAUCUGAAGACCCAUGUGAUCGCAAAUAUCAUCAAGCUCUUCCUUUCUUGUUGAUACGACGGUUCCAUCCUGAGCACGAAUUUUUAAGUCGUUGGCGCUAUCCCUGCGGACGGUACGCUCAAUAGUAAUGAAGUUUCCAUACACAUCAUGUCGGAAAGCCUCUGGACCUCGGUUACUUAUAACGAUAGACACACGGGCCUGUGAACGGCCUUCUUUAAUCAAUGUUUUUAGAUUCGCACCACGAUUCGUUGAAGCUGCUUUCGCACCCAGACAUACGACAAGACCGGUGAGUAUAGCACUUUUACCGCUACCAUUAUGACCAAUAAUAAAAUUGAUCCGAGGACCGAAAUCCAGUUUCAGGGCAUCAUGACACAUGAAAUUGAUAAGAUGAAUAGAUUGUAACACGCCAACUCGAUUUGCAAAAAGAGCAUCAUCCUCGCGGACAUCUAACUCCGGGGAAACGAGCCGAGAAGACACGUUCGAGUCAUUUUCUUGCUCAUUAGAAUCGUCUUCCUCUGCUGAUUCAAUAGUCUCUUCCCGAAGAGAUGUAACCUUUGCGCGUUUAUUUGUCACCUGUAAGCAAGGUCAGUGAACCAUUGUUUUCUGCAACAAGCACCAGUGACAUUAGAGCAGUAAGGGCACAUACGUUUUCUUGAUUUUCAUUAUUUAGUUGUCUUUUGUUUACUAUUGGGGUUACUUGCUCCACGGAAUUCGUCUCGAAAAGGUGUUCAUUGUAAUGAUUGCUAAUUUGACUCAACGACAUGUAAAGAGCUUACAAAUUGUGACGAAUAUUAGUACAACUGGCGAAAUACGCCGUAAAACGCGCUUUAAUCAAGGAAAUAUGCGUUAACACAGCUGUUCCCGGCAAUCUGUGCAAGCGUUGAGAGAAGAGUUCGCGACUCAAUAAACCACAGAAAACUCGACGAAAAGCAAUAAUCGGGAUUGACGUCUCGCGAUUCCGGAAAAGAGACGAGACAAACAAUUGCACUAAUAUUAUCAUUUUUAGCUUUUUAAAAUUUGCCGCGAUUUUUUCUGUUUUUUAUUUAUUUUUUCUGUUAUUUUGGAAAUAAUAAAAAAAUAAAAAAAAUCAUCAUUCACCAAUUAUCUACGAACUUCCUCAACUGUUUAUGGAAUUUUCUCCAGAUAUUUCAUAAAAAAUGCCUCUAAACUUAUUAAAGCACAAGAGCUGGAAUGUCUACAGUGAAAAAAACCGUGAACGUGUGGAAAGGGAUGAAGAGUUGGCACGCUUAGAAGCUGUGGAAGCAGCAAAAGCCGCGUCCUGGAGUCGACAAGGAGAGAAAUUAACAGAACUACCUAAUGUGCGAACAUCAUCACAUGCCAACUUUUGGGAAAAAGAGGAACGCGAACAUCUGGAACAUGAACGCUUUCAGCAGGAGCACAAGCGAGAGCUGGAUGCGAUGAAAGAAAGACACGGACUGGGGCCGCUUCCAUGGUAUGCGACAUCGCCAUCAAAAGAAGACAAUAAUCUCGAUCCACAAUUACCCAUCAAGUCUGUCAAAGGUUCCAGCCUAGAAGACCCUCUGGCGUUCAUGAAUCGUGUGUUGAGCACAAAACAAUCACAAGAUUCUAAAACAACGGCCUCUGCUUCCCAUAAACGUUCCCAUAACAGAGUUCACAAACACACGUCCCAUCGACAUCGUCGAAGAAAACGAACAGAAGAACACAAGCCGUAAACAAGAACCUUCUAACUGCGCACGAACGAACGAACAAACUCGACUUAACCUUAUCCAUCCAUACUUCUUUUUUCUUCGACAAUCACACCCCUCUAGUCAUUACCCUCCUAAGACUUCUUGCGCGCCUCUUGUAUUUAGUAGUCUUCUUCUAUGUAAUAUUAGCUGCCUAUUUAUGUCGUUUCGGUGGUUCUUUGUAUGGGAAAUCUUGUUGUAGUUUUUUUUUGUUUCCUUUGAACAGAAUAUUCUGCUUACUUCGCCCCGUACAAGCCACAUGAAACACAAAUUCAG